AGAUUUCCGUUUAAUGAAACAGCAGACGCUCAGUCAACCUGGAUUGCGUCGCCCCUCCCUCAUCCUCCUCUCCCGUCGCAUCCUGUGCUCGCAUCCCUCCUCGUCCUCCGCCCUGCUCCUCCACCUUCGGAUCUUGUUUUCCUCUUUCUCACGGUGGCAGCGGUGUGUGCUCUAUUACUUACUUUUGUUUUUCUUCUGGGGACUCUCGAGGUCAAGACAGACAUCAAGACCUUUAAAUGACAUCAUGCAACAACAACCGGUGAUUUAACACGACUCCUCUCUGCGCCGCCCAGUCGUCCACCAGCUGCUUCUCCACCGCCGCACCUCACCGAGUCCUCCUCAGGGAAAGCUGCCGUCACCUGCCGACGCGUCCUCGCACCAUAUGACCGUCUCGAAGAUGACAUGGCGUCCUCAGUACCGCAGCUCCAAGUUCCGCCAUGUGUUUGGUAAGGCUGCCACCAAGGAGAGCUGCUAUGAUGGUGUGCCAAUCACAUGCAAUGUGCAGGACAACAACUUCUGUGCUGUCAACCCACUUUUCCUGGCAGUCAUCACCGAAUGUGCUGGGGGAGGGACCUUCUUAGUCCUGUCUGUCCAUCAUACAGGUAAAGUGGACCCUCAUCAUCCCAGAGUGUCGGGCCACAGAGGAAAUGUGUUAGACAUCAAAUGGAAUCCCUUCAAUGACUACUGCAUUGCCUCCUGCUCUGAGGAUGCCACGGUGAAAGUGUGGGAAAUCCCUCCUCAUGGUGUGCUGAAGACCCUUUCAGUGCCAUGGAAGGAGCUCCAAGGUCACAGCCGCAGAGUGAACCUCAUUGAAUGGCACCCAACUGCUAACAACAUCCUCUUCAGUACAGCCUACGACUACCAGAUAAUGAUCUGGAACCUGGAUUGUGCAGAGCCUGUGAUAAAAAAUCCUGUACGAACCAUCAGCAAUCACACAGACGUGGUUCUCUCAAUGUCUUUCAACACUGACGGCAGCCUGCUCGCCACCACGUGCAAGGACAGGAAGGUUCGACUGAUGGAGCCGCGCUCAGGAAGCCUGCUGCAGGAAGCCAGCUGCAAGACGCACAAGGCCAGUAAGGUGCUGAUCCUUGGUAACCUGAAGCUGCUCCUCACAUCGGGCACUUCAUGCUAUAACGAUCGACAGAUAGCUCUGUGGGAUCAGGAUGAUCUGUCUGUGCCAUUGUUAGAAGAAAACCUGGAUGGCUCAUCAGGAGCCCUCUUUCCUUUCUACGACCCUGACACACACAUGCUCUACCUUGCUGGGAAAGGUGACGGAAAUAUCAGGUACUACGAGAUCAGCUCAGAAAAACCAUACAUCCACUACUUAACAGAGUACCGCUCCAACUUACCUCAGAAAGGAAUGGGUGUGAUGCCAAAGAGAGGUCUGGAUGUGAGUUCCUGUGAGGUGUUCAGGUUCUACAAACUGGUGACAGUCAAGAGUCUCAUUGAGUCUCUGUCUAUGAUCGUACCCCGGAGGUCAGAGUCGUACCAAGAAGACAUCUAUCCAAUGACUGCGGGGAACAUGCCUGCUCUGACUGCUGAGGAGUGGCUCAGUGGCAUCAACAAAGGCCCUGUGUUGAUGUCCUUGAAGCCUGGAAGUCAAGUAGCUGAGUCGUAUACAGAGAUGAGCAAAGGGCUGGGAAAUUUACUGGAUGCUCGUAGGUCUGCCAACACACCAAGCAAGCUACAACUGGCGUACAUUAAGGACCAACUAGGGACCAAAGACAGCAAAGAGGGCAGCAGCCAUAGAGCUGACGACAGGAUUCAGACACAUGUUAGCAACGGAGAAGACCUCGCACUUUUCUCUCCUCCGAGGACGGAGAAUGAGUUGCGUAUCAAGUUCCACAAGCAGCAGGAAGAAAUCCGACGGCUGAGGGAGCUCCUUAACCAGAGAGAUGUGCGCAUCAAACAGUUGGAGCUAGAGAUUAAGAACAUCAAAAACUCCCAGUCUCAGAGCUCAUUUUAAGACCUGGCUGAGCUGCGGAGCCACCAUCAACUCCUCACAGGGCACAUUUAUUACUUUACAGACUCGCUUUCAUUAACUUUUUUUUUUUGUUUUAAACAGGGAGUUGCUGCAGAUGAGCAUGUAUGCUCAGUCAACCUGCCCUGUAUAAAUAAUAAUAAAAAAACAUUUAUAAUAAUGAUAAUAAAUAAAUCACUAACCCUGUUCUCUAACCAUCAUACUAUGUGUUGGGCCCUCAUGAGCCCCCAUACUCUCUGCACAGGGAUAAUUUUAAACCUGUACUUUUAUGUUGUCGUUUUGUCAUUCUACAUAAGGUGCACAUAUUCUUUGUUCACUUACAUACACUGACUCUUAUCCAACUGUAACACAACUUAAAACUCUUUGCACGUUUUAAUCUUUCCCAUUUCUUUUGUACAUGUCACAGCUAUGCAAGUUUAUUGUAAUUUGUAGCUUUUUUUAUGCUCUUUGUAGCUGAGAGGUAAAAGGGCGUGCGUGUCUGUCUGGAGCGAAUGACAUGGCUGCCUGCGUGUUGUUUGAAAUUUGUUGCAGGACAAGAGCAGACAUCCUGUGUGACUGUAAUUAGAACACUGGAUUUAUUUUCUAUGUUUGGUGUUGCCCCCCCCCCCAAUAUUUAAACUACUGUAAGUGAAGAUUGCUGUGGUGUGUAAUGUAUCUGUACUUGAAUGAGAGUGAGCUAAAUGAAUGACAGCACCAUUAUCCUGGCUGUGUUCUGCCAUUCCAUUGAGCUACAUUUGUUUUUAGUUUUUCUAUUUUUAAAUGACAGGAAAAUUGGUGAGAAAUUGAUCUGUUUGAUGGCGGCUGUUGUGUAAGCCAGUCCUGUAACUGAUGCUGUGGAGAAGCUCUGAUCUUAAUUUUUAUAUUUAUUUUAAAAUACAGUAAAAGAAAAUACAGUUUUAUCUUGAACUUGAAUUUGCUUUUGUAAUUUUGGAAAAUACAGCAUACAAACCUGGAAAAAAAAAAAAAAAAGUCUGCUUGCUUUUUCCUGAUGUGGCGUUACUGUGAAGAAACAGUUUAGAGCCGGAGUAUAGCACUAAUUUUAGAUUAGCCUCAUUUCUACUACUCUUGUUACCAGUAUUCACUGUAAUUUCCCAUAAUGUGUGUCUUUUAUUGCUCUUUGUAGAAAGAUGUAUGAUUGUAAUUUUGGAACUAGAGUGAGUUUCUCAGAGCUUUAAAAACAAAAGAAGUCACGUCACAUAGAAAGCUAGAAGACAGUCUGACUAAAAAAAAAAACCAAAUACAAUAAAUUCAAUUUUGCAGCAUUCAACACAAUAUUUAACAACACAGUUCAUACAGUUUACCUUUUAGUCCCACACAUAGUAAACACUUGUAUCUAGGCUAGAUCAACCACAGAGCAGUAACAAAGGUAAACAUACUGAGGCACUGACAGAAAGUGAAAGCUUCUGGCACAGACCGGUGUCUCAUAUUUGAUGCUUUCUGAAUGGGGCAGUUUAUUCUGACCGUUUGUUUAUGUUGUCAGAAGCACAAGCAUCAUGAAAAUUCUGCUGUACAUCUGGCUGAUCACUUGUAAAAGGUUAACCUAUAGAAACUGCCACACCUACCCACAGACAUGCACAUAAGCUGGUUUCAGUACAAUUGUUGUCUGUGACCCCUUUGACCUUAGGCAGGACAGUUGUGACACAGCUCAACCAGGGUACACAAACUACCACUGCUGUUGGUGGACAAGUCUCCACAUUGUUUAGAAUGACUAUCAACAUUAAAGAGCAUUCACUGGUUACUCUGAGGAUUAAAUGGUCAGUGCAGUUUAUACCACAAAUAAAUUCUAAGCCUGCAGGGAACACUGCAUAUUACUAGCUAAUAAGUAUAUUAGCUGCUAUUUAUCUUGACUGUCACUCGCACCUUUGUGCCCACAUUCAUUUGUUUCACAGGCUUAUCCACAGAUAGCCUUUAGUAGUUGGAGUUUGCACAUUUAAUGCAUUAAAAUAAUACAUAUCUGGUGUGUUUGCUUUAAAGCCUUCAUAUGCCCAAACAGGUGACUAGACUAGACUUCUAUUCAGGUUGUAAUUAGGUGGAUCUUUGGUGGAAUUACCAAGAUUUACCAAUGAAAAAAAAAAGAUAAAAGUGUAAUUCCUCCCAACCAAACUAGUGCAACAAUAUUAAUACAACAGGACUGUCUGUACAAUAUCAAUCAAUCAAUGUUUAUAUGGUAGCAUAGUCAUAAAAGGCACCAGGUGAGAACACCUCUGUGGAUGGACCAUAGGUACAAAGGUAUUAGCAGAAAAUAUACUCAAAGUAACCAAAGGUAAAAUUACUCAUUAUGCAAAAUGGUACAGUUUAUAUUGAUGUGCAUCUUAUUAUUCAGUUAUAGCGAUGUAUUAUUGUGUACAUUACAUUUAAUGUUUCGGCUGGUAAAGGUGGAGCUAAUGUUAACUACCUUACAGUUUAUGCUUAUACUUUGAAUUACUCCUGGGUAGCAUGGAAAGUUUACACCAAAUUUUUGAACUUUGAUCAGUUCAUUGAGGUUAUCUGAGUUUGGGCUUGGGGAGCACAUAUGCGAAGCAGCUUGCGUAACAAACUGAUGUGGAGUUGGAGUCGACCAUGGGCAUUUACUAUGUAGGGAGCAUCCGAGGAAAAGUUGCUAAUGGUUGUUUUAUGGUAAAUGCAGGCCGGAGCUACAGUAUAUUAAGCAUCAGGGAUAUAUCAGUCUUUGCUGCUUUAAUUUUGACUAUACUUUUUAAAAUGUCUAUUCAUUUAAGUACUGUAAUGAAGUUUCCCUUUAAAUGAUGAGUGAUUGAAUUUAUGCCUGAGGGGUCUCAACUGGGCAUUGCAUCGAGGGUCUGUUGAGACAAAAUGUUUGGAACCGCUGCUGUGUUCACACUUCCUUUCCAUAAUGGUUGUGAAAUGAUCCCUCUCCACUAUCGAGACAGAUCUGUAUAAAAUCCAAAUGUAUCUUUUAGGCCUAGACAAGUCUUCUGUGGACUUUUAUAUACAGUCACACAACACUGUAGAGAACAUGUUGAGAGCAGAACAGCAUGAGGGGAAGGGGAAAAGUGUGGCCCUAUGGCCAUCAUUCCAUCCCUUCAUGUUAACUCUUCUGACAUCUAAAAAGCAAGGUAGUACGAGAGAAAAGCACAAAAUGUUAACAUUUUAUUUACAAAGUUGUUUUUUGUCAUACAGAAAGUAA